CACACACACAGGCUCUUAAGCAGGCUUUUCAUUCUAUCCUUGGCCUCUCCUCCCAUCUUCUCCCUCCCCUUCAGUGCACCUGAUUGGACGGCCAUUUUACCCCUAGAGUCGUGGAGACGAGAGCUUUGCUGUACAUCCUGGUGUACCUGCGACACACACGCACACACACACACACACAGACAUACACACACAGAACAGUUUGUUUGGACUUGAGCGCAGGCUCGGCACGGACAGAUUCCCCUCUGCCGUUUUCUCUUCUCCUGGGAUCAUGUUUCCUGAAUGUGUGUGCGUGAGGUGGCGGCAUGCACUUGGUCCACGCAGAGAUGUGGGACCCCCGGCCCCCGUGUAAAUAUGCCUCGCCUCUCACCCCGCGGACCCCCUCCAGCCGUCUGACCACAGCCAGUCCGGCCAAGCGGAUCACCUUCUACAAAAGCGGCGACAGCCAGUUCGGGGGCGUCAGGAUGGCCGUCCACAAGCGCAGCUUCAAAUGCUUCGACGCCCUGCUGGACGACCUUUCCCAAAAGGUGCCCCUGCCAUUCGGCGUGCGGACAGUGACCACCCCCAGAGGGACCCACGCCGUCAAACACCUGGAGCAGCUGCAGGACGGCGGCUGCUACCUCUGCUCUGACCGGCGGCAGACCAAGCCAGUCAACAUGGAGCUGGCCGGCAAGCGUCCGAGCGGCUGGUACCACCACGGCCGCGGGCCCCAGCGGCCCGAGUCCUCGUCCGGCACGCCGCCCGGCCACUCCUCUCACCGGCAGCGGCGGAUCCUGCUGGUGAAGAACAGCGAGCCGGGCGUGAGGAGGAGCCUGGUGCUCAACAGGAGGUCCACCAGGAGCCUGAGGGCCUUUCUCGACGAGGCAUCAGAGGUGAUGCAGUUUCACAUUCGCAAGCUCUACACUGCCGAGGGACGCAGGAUUGACAGCGUGCAAAGCCUCACGACCUGUCCUGGUGUGUUGGUGUGUGUCGGCCGGGAAGCCUUCAGCCCGGUGCUGGUGAACUUCAUCAGGAAGAGCUCAGAGGAAAAACUGCCCGGUCUCGGCCCCAGGACUCCAGGUAACGGGGCCAGAUCUCCUGCUGCUCAGGGAUUGAGAUCUCCACCUCACGGAGCUCAGUCCAGCGAGUUCAGCGAAGGGCCGGAGAGCAAGAAGAAUGUAAACUUUGGUCUGGAAACCAAAAAAAGCAUCAUCCAUCCUCGCUCCGAUUCCUCCAACCGCUCAGCCCGUUUCUCCUUGUCUUCGGAGAAGUCGUACGGCCAUGGGGUCAACGCCUACUCCCACGGCAGACCGGCCAUUAUGAACGACGACAUUGAAAAGCGGGUCCUGGUCAAUAAAGACGGAAGCCUCUCAGUGGAGAUGAGGGUACGUUUUCGCCUACAAAGUGACGAGACCCUCCAGUGGUCCACGCAGGUAAAAAAAUCACCAUCAGUGACCAAUGAAUGUUGCCCAACAAGCCAAGCGGAGGCCGAUUACCUGCAGCAGGGCCAAUCAGAAAGCUGCUCGGACCCCGAUUGUGCAUCCUUCCACCCUGAAGGCGUGGACUAUUCCAACCAACCUCCGCAACGAGUGUUGGAGGGGAACAUCUGCCACUGCUGUUACCAGAGGCCUAAACAGCAGUAUGACCUGUGGGAAAACCCGGCGCAUAGCCACAGGAAGGCCCCUGUCCCUCCCCCGCACGCCUCCAGCCGCACCCACACCGUGAGGAGACACACGCACUCGUCCAGCUCUUCCUCGUCGUGCAACUCCAGGAGGGUGGUGCGCUGUCGGGCACGGGUCUCCAGCUGCACGGGAGGUCCGGAGCAGAGCCAACUGGUGCAGGAGGAGAUGUUCGUGACGGAGCACGUGGAGAGCAGAGUGGAGCAGGAUGAAGAAACCCACGUCGAGGUCUGCAGGGUGAGCCGAUGCUGCAGCAGAACUGAAGUGGUCGCCGACUUACGACCGCUGAGCAGGAAGUCGGUGGAGGAUGAGGUAAUGAUGGAGGAAGAGGGGGAGCGUUCACCGUCUGUCAUCAGCUGCUCCUCGCACAUCCUCCAAUCGCUGAAAGGAGACCAGGAUGACGACCUGCCAGCCAGCGCUUCACAGUGCUGCCACGGCAACAAACCAUCUCCGUCUCCGACUCGCCAGGGUGACGAACCAACCAGCAACGUCUCGGUAGGUUCCGUCCACUCUAAAGAACAAAAGGGUUGCGAUGAGGAGACAGGAAGCCGAGCCGUAUCUGCAGCCUCUUUCUGUCACUGCGGAGCAGCUGACGAGCAUUCAACAGCCGACGCGGCGGAGAAUGAUCGAGCUCCAAGCUCCAUGUCCAAAACGAGCAGAGCCUCUUGCAGGUCCAGCACAGCCGCGAUCACAGAGGACAAAAGGGCCGCAGAUGAGGAGGAGGAAGAGGGAAACCGGGUGGUCAGUAGCUUGUCUGGUCACACAGCACUUUCUCUGCAGUCAAGGGCAUCCAGUGUAUGUCCUAAUUGUGGCGGCUGCAAACCCAACUCUGAUGCUGACAGUAGGGCAUCACAGAAGUCCCAUCAUUCCAAGCAAGCUUCUCCAAAGCCCUCAAAACCGCUCCCCGGCCAAACAGAUACAAGUAAUGGCAGCGACAAUGAUGAUGAUGAUGGCUCCGAAGGUUCAGCUGGGUCAACGCAAUCCAACAAGAGCAACCUCACCCAGAACGGGCGCUGCUCUGCGACACCAAGCGGCCUGACGGGCAGCGCACGCGGUGCCACUUCCAGAACGUCCAAUCCGGAAGGAGCAGGAGCAGAGGAAGUGAGGACUCCCAGUGCUUCCUCACCCACAAGUCAAAGGUCCAAUAGGUCGCACAAGUCUGUCUGUGAAGACGGUGGUGCUGCGGAGCGAGAGGGGAGAAGCCCCAGUGCCGUGUCAGCUGUUUCCAACAAGUCCACCAAGUCUCACAAGUCGCACAGCAGCGCAACAGCUGGCAUAGAGCCAAGAGAGGAAGCAAAGGGAGAUAACACUGUGGAGAGAACGCAGAGCUCCUUGUCAGCCAAAUCUGGUGCUUCGGCAAAGAGCAGUGCUUCAGCCAAGAUAAGAACAAAGGUCGCCUCCCCAAUCAACAUUGCAGCUGUGGAGGAGGAUGACAAAAGAACUCAUAGUGCCCUUUCUGAUAAGCCGGGGCGCCAGGAAAGACCCGACAGCGUCCUAUCCGCUAAGUCAGCUAAGUCAAAUGCGUUGGCAACCAUCGGGGCGUCUCAGAGCGCCGCUUGCAGUCACUGUGCGAGAGAAGUUUCUCCAGCUGAUGAACCUGAAGCAACUGGACAUGACGAAGAAAUUGAGGCGGAGGAGCGAGCAGUGAGCGCCAUGUCAGCCAAAUCAAAUAUGUCUGUGAAGUCCAAUAAAUCUCAUAAGUUCACGAAAGCUCCAGAAAGACCACUUUCUCCCAGGUGUGGAACCGGAGCUGACGGAGAAGGAAGGGCAGCGAGUCAAGUGUCUGGCAGAUCGGUCAAUGGCCGGUCUUCUCUGAUGGUAGAAGAUGGGCAGCAGAGGUCUGAAAGUGUAAUAUCUGCUAAAUCAGCCUCCUCAGCGAAGUCCCGCCGCACAAAUUCUCCAGCCAAAGACGAGGCAAAGACAGAGAGCAGAACCCCUAGCGCCAUAUCGGGGAAAUCCCACAUCUCUGCAAAGUCCUCCAAGUCACAGAAGUCCAACCCAACCACAGCAUCUCCAAAUCUAAAUGAUGCUGGUAUUCCUUCUGCUGAGAUGAAUGGAGAUACACAGGGAAAUGAAAAUGGCCGGGUGGCCAGCGUCCUCUCUGUGAAGUCGGAAGCAUCAGCGAGGUCCCGUACUUCUCACAAGUCUGAAAGGAAUCUGAAACCGUCGACACCAAUUGCGAAUGUCACGAUUAAAACUCCUGAUGGGGUUGAUGAGGAAGGAAAUGAGGAAACAGAGAGGCCACAGAGUGCUGCAUCUGUUAAAUCUACCGUUUCGACUUCAUCGCGUAAGUCCCAGCACAAGGCACCUGCUGAAACGGGAGAUGAAAAUUUUGUGGAAGAAGACCUACCUAGUAAGUCUCAGGGCCGAGAGCCCUCACCCAGGAGUGCAUGUUCCUCACCGACCCGCUCACCUAAAGCUGCAUCUCCAGUGCAACACCUGUUGCCUGGAGAGACGAGAGGUCCCAGUGCCUUGUCAGUUCCCUCCACCGUUUCUGCAAAGUCUUGCAAAUUGAAAUGCAACUGUGGAGCAGCUUCAGCAAAAGAUGAAAGGCAGAGGGAGAAAAAGAAAUCUAACGAGGAACUGGACAACGAGGAGGCUUCAGAUCGGGCUCCCAGCAUCCUGUCGUCCUCGACCAGGAGAUCGAGGAGAGAAUCGGGAGGCACCGAGCAGACACUGAGUCGAAACUCUUCAGGGUCAGUCUCUCUCGGGUUGCCAGAAGACCAAGACACUGCUGACUCAGACAGUGGGAAGUCCAGUGUUUCUUUUCACACAAACGUUGAGAGGAAGAGCAAAGUGAUGACAGCUACUCCUCUCGUCCCCAAAAGCACUGAGCAAUCUUCUUUGAAGGAGGAAAGGGAGGAAACCCCCCACAAUCACCGAGCAGUCGAUAUCCCGACGAUUGAAACACCAGGAGGGAGUCAGCACAAAGGCAAAGAGGAUGGCGAGCAAAUAACAGAAAGAGGAGCAAGUGCGUUUUCAGCCAAAAGCAGCAGGUCUAACAAGUCUUCAUGUAACUGUGGAGUCAAAGCACCAACCGAAGCAGGAAAUUAUCUAGAAACCGCAAGUGUGAAGUCUGGUUCAUCGUCCAGCAAUGCAGGUGCGAUUGACGACAGGAGGUCAUUGGCGCGCGCUAAAGUUCGGAGCAAAUCUCCAUCAAGUGCCAGUGCUAAAAAUGCAUCGGUGAGGAGCAAAGGAGAUGAUUCAGGAAAAGGUCACAAGGCCAAAUCCAGUGCCAGUGUCAGAACAUCCAGUUCUCAAAAGAAAGAAAUCAAAUCCUUGAGCCCUGUCCACAGCAACAGAAUCGGCGGCAGCAAAGUGGAGACACACACCGAGAGCACCCUGUCUCACUCGCUGUCCGCCGCCGACAUGCUGAAGGAAACCAUGGCCGCCGUACGGCCGCACAGCCAGCAGUCGAAGGCCAGUAAAACCAGCGGGAAGUCUGUGGUUAGAAAGGGGGCGAGGAGCAGAAACGAGGCGGAUCAGGAGGAUCGGGAGCUGUCGCCCGCCUGCCUGCCCAACGCCUCCCCGAACGAGGUGGUCAGCGAAUGGCUGCGCAGCAUUCCGGCCAACAGCAGCAUGCUGUCGCUUGGCGACGAGCCGAACGAAGAGGAUGCAGAAGAGAACCCUAAAGAGGGGGAAGGAGAGGAGAUGAAGGAGGCUCCCGUUGAGGUUGAGGAGCAGGGGAAAGAGGAGGCCGAAGAGGGGGAGGAGAAAGAGGAAGAAGUUGGAUGCGGUGGCGCCGAGGAGAAGCAAAGCUCAGGUGUGGCUCCGCAUGAUUCAGUGUCAUCACGCCCCAAAACCCUGCUGCUGAACGACGACGCUCUGCCAAGGAGCUCGCGUUCCUCGGCCGCAGUGAUGAAAAUUCUCCUGAGGUCCUCUCUGAGUCGAUGUCAGAGCAUGCCGGAGGUGUCUCCGGUUUAUGGGCGUAAACUGAGCUCGUCAGCCAGAUGUCUCUUGGACUGUUUGGCUCAGCUCCAAGUCAUUGACCCGUCAUUGAGCCCUGGCUUUGACCCAAAGAAGGACCAGAAAUACGAGGAUUUCAUGGUCAUCCUUCAGUCCCUGUGGCUAACCGAACCCAGGAACACCGAGACGGAGGCGGCCAAAGUCCCCGGCACAGAGCAGGUGUCUCCGCCCAGGUCUUCGUCCGGGUUGGGCAUGAGCCUUGGCUCUGGCGGGUCGGGGAAGGAGAAGGAGAAUGGAAACCCACAAAGCAAAACAAACGGGGCGGAGAAGGUUGUCGAAGGGGGGACACCAGACGUGACAGAGGGGCCGGCGGAAGAACAAAGCUCACUCCCUCCGGGUCUGGACGGCGCCAAAGCCGCCGAGAGUCCAUCGUCGUCGGAUAAGAGCUCCGCCAACGGUUGCUGCAAAUCCCCCACUGACAACGAGCGGGAGACGCCGGACGACACCAGCUCGACCGCGCCCUCCACCAUCCUGCGGGCGCCCAUGUCAAAGAGAAAAUCCCACGACCCCGACCCGGAGUGGGUCCUGAAACUCCUGAAGAAGCUGGAGAAGCAGUUCAUGGACCACUACGUCAACGCCAUGGCGGAGUUCAAAGUCCGCUGGGACCUGGACGACAACCUGGUCCUGGACGCAAUGAUCGGCGAGCUGAAGGACGAGGUGAGCCGACGCAUCCAGAGCAGCGUCGAGUCCGAGGUGAGGAAGAUUCAGAGUCGCGCCGGCAGGGGGGGGAGGUUGCCCCGGCCGCCACAGAGAGGGAACCUCUCCAAGGAGUCUACCAUGACGGAGAACAGGCGUCGGAUAUUGAAGGUCAUAAAGAACCAGUCACGAAAAACCGCCGAGUCUCUGAGCGACGGCGAGACGACGGGCGACUGCAGCGACCAGCGGAGCGAGGACGAGUACUGCCCCUGCGACGCUUGUGUCCUCAAGAAAAUGGCCGCCCGGCCGGUCAGGGAGAACCCGCUGGCGGCCGAAGCACCAGUGAUGAUGGAGUUUGACCUCCGUAAGAUACUGCAGCUGAAGAAAACCCCUGCGCCCGCAGCUGUGUCUGUGCAACCCACUGAGGGGGGAGGUGACGGCAAGGUGUCAGUAGAGGAGGGGAGGAGCUUAGAGGUACUGCAGGAGGUAGAGGAGGAGGACGAGGAGGAUGUAACUAAAGAGGAUAUCAAAGCUUGUGUUGUUUUAGAGGAGACGAUCCCGGAGGAAGAGGAGGAAAUGGGGGAAGAAGAGGACAAGGCUGUCGAGGAGGUAGAAGCUGAAAGGGAGGAAAGUAGUGCAGGUGAGGAGCAGGAAGAAGAAGGUGGUGAGGAGGCAGGAGAGGAGGAGACAUCAGAAAAUGGUGAGGAAGAGGAGGCGGAAUGCAAGUGCCAGUCUGCGAGAAAUAAAGAGGAAGAGGAGGAAACAGCCGAAGGAGAAGAUGCCGAGGAGACUAGCGGCAACACAGGUGAGGCUGAGACAGGUGAUGAGGGGGAGGAUGAGGGGGAGGAGCCGGAGGAGGGGGAGACCGGAACAGGGGAAGAGGAGAGUGACAUGGACACGGUAAAAGAGGCAGCAGCCGGGGAAGACGUCGGGGAGGAGGAGGCUGAGAGGGACGAGUGUGAGGUGUCUGAUUUUAAGGAGGACACAGAGGAGACGUCAGGCAGGGACAGCUUAGGGGAGGAGGCGUCUGGCGAAACGGAGGAAGACAAUGCUGCAAAGAGAGAAGAGUCCACACUGGUGGAGGAGUUUGGGGAGGGAAACGUCAGCUCCUCGGCAGGAGAUGAAGAGGAGGGCGAUGAUGGGGUCGGAGAGGGGGAGUCCGAUGGAGACAAAACGAGGGGAGAGAGUGAAGAACACGGAGGAGAAGCAUCUGAGGAGGAAAGAACCUCAUUACAGGGCCGGGCCCCGUCUGCGACCGAGGGAGAGGAGGCCGACGGCGAGGACUCCGACGGGAAACGCCCGAGCAACGCCAGCGUCGAAGAAGGAGAAGGCCGAGAGUCGACCAUUAAGGGGGACGGCAGCGCUCUCCUCCAUCAGUACACCAGGACCUCUGUGGAGUCCCAGCCCGGCUCCCUGGAGGACGUCGACGCAGAGGCGCGCCGUCCCGCCGUGGACUCCAUGGCGGUGCCCAAAGCCACCGGCGGGGGGUCGGGUCAGAGGAGGAGCCGCUCACCGGGCAGGGUCCAACGCCGCAAACCCAAAGAGGCCGACGGCGAACAGGAGGACUUUUAAACCCUGCGCCCUCCCCGUUCAUCCCGCUCUGUCAGCGACCACACGGGUAGAAAGACCACGGACUCGAACACUAGAAGCACUUUAUCCAGAUUGGAGGGGUAGCGUUAUAUCCCAUUAUAUUUGUAUAUUUUUUAAGUUAACUACACAGGGAUAUCUAUAUUUCUGUAUUGUAAGUGUAUGAAUAUGGUAUACUUUUGAAACCCCAAAAAAAGGAUAUUUUGACACCUGUGUGUGUAUUAUGUGAACUCAGUGGACCACAGGUUUAUUGAAUCAUAUAGCAAUUUACCUCAGGGAUAUGUUAGAUGGUAAUGGCCUGUUUCAGCGUAUUGAUACUAUCAGUUCAAUUAUUUGUGUAUAUUCUUGGUCUAAUUCUCUGAGAUUAGGAAGGUCCCCUCCUAGCUGUUAUCUAACCAGCACUUUAAAUCUGUUGUCCCUAAUGAAGCCCGCUGCUUAAACUAAAGCUUUGUGAAGUAACCUGAUCACCUUAAAGUAGUUUGACAUUUUUCGGUUGAGAGCGGGGCAGAGAGGUUCAACAAGUAUGAGGUUAAAGCGAGGAAGCCGUUAGCUUAGCACAAAAAUUGGAACUUGAUCUGUCCACGAAGUUACUUUUGGUUCACUUUCCACUCCAAACUGUUCAGGGAAAAAUAGAUUUUGCGCUGAAUUUUAGUAGCUUUAUCGAUGGAUAUACAAUUCAUCAACUCUACUUAAACCAUCUAUAAAAUAAUGUCUUAUUUUAUUCAGUUUGCUGUUGCAAAAUUUUGUAAACUCUGUUGCUAUAGUAAAAAAGGUGUGCGUGACCAACAGUGUGGUUUGACAACGUGAGGCCGAGGCCUUACUGUAGCCAUGGUUACGUGACUGUAGAUCGACGGAGGGGGAGUCUUUUGUUACCUGACUCUCUCUCUCUCUAUAACCGAGUUGUGGAUCAAAUCCGCAAAAAAUACUGAAAAAAUAAUAAUUUCUCCUGUUUAACCCGCUGAGGGAGCUGAAUCCCAGGCUCACUCCUUAAACCUUGACAAAAUCCUCCUGUAUGUGGUACCGAGAGGGUGUGUGCCUGUAUGCUGCUAUCAGUCCGUUCGGCCUGUCAAUCAGUCUGUGACGUCACCAAGUGAACAUCAUGUACCUCGAGCGAAUGGAUGUAAUAAUGUCAAUGUGAAUAAACACAUGCACAGAAA